AGCUUAGCCGAACCGGGGGGAAAAAAUUAAAACGGGGGACGUCAACGAUCAUGGCAUGCAAUGGCCUGGCAUGCAAGUCCAACUGCUACAACGACGAAGAAGCGGGAGUAGCAGAUGUAGCCUCAUGCACCCAAUCAGCUGAGCGGACCAAGUCAGGCGCUGCAGAAGCCAAUUCAAUCACUAACACUCUCUGCAUCAAGUGUAAGGUAAAGGAGUCCAUUUCCGGGUACGGUGGCAUUGAUGAUGGGCGGUUUUGCGCUGAUUGCUUCAGGAAUAAUUUGUUUGGGAAGUUUAGAUUCGCCGUCACUUCGAAUGCCAUGAUUACUCCGACGGACAAGGUUCUCGUCGCAUUCUCAGGCGGCCCUUCUUCUAGGGUAGCGUUACAGUUUGUUCAUGACAUGCAACAUAGAGCCCUGAAGAACUUUGAUGCAAGUAGAGAUAGGUCAUUGCCAGUAUUCGGUGUGGGAGUUGUAUUUAUUGACGAGAGUGCCGUUUCUCCAAUUCCUUCUAAUGAGCUAGAGAAGGUAGUCAAAGACAUCACUUCGAUUGUGGCAAGUCUAGCUCCGCCAACAAAAGAGUUGCAUGUUGUGCCAAUUGAGGCCGUUUACUCUUCGGAAUCUAGUGAUAGAAGGGACAGGUUAAUCAAACUGGUCAACGGUGUAAGUGAUUCAACUGGAAAGGAAGAUAUGUUGCUUUAUCUUCGCAUGUUGGCCCUGCAAAAGGUUGCAUCAGAAUUUGGAUACAACAGACUAGUAUUAGGUUCUUGCAUUUCAAGAAUUGCUCGCCACGUUAUUUCGGCCACUGUGAAGGGCCAAGGAUAUUCCUUACCUGGAAUUCAGUAUGUUGAUGCGAGGUGGGGAAUCCCUGUUGUGCUUCCUCUUCGUGACUGUUUUGCCCAAGAGAUCAACAUGCUUUGCCGUCUUGAUGGUCUAAAGACCUCGGUGCUGUCUGCUAAUCCUCACUCUGGCAUCAACAGCUUGGUCUCAUCCUUUGUGCAACUUUUGCAGGAAGAAAACCCAUCACGAGAGAGCACUAUUGUAAGAACAGCUGGAAAACUCAUUCCAUUCCAUUUCAACAGGAUUCCUGAGAUUGUCGAUGGUAAGGUUCCUUUGGCAACUCAGAGACGCCAGAAGAGAUACAAUCUCAAGGCCAACGAAUCUGUUUCCUCAGAAUCAUUCUGUUAUCUCUGCAAUAGCCCUCUUGACAAGUCUGAGACUGUUGAGCUAAGCAAUCUUGAGAACUGCGGCAGUAGUGAUAUUUUUGGCGCUUCCUGCUGUUCUAGUUGUCGCUUUCAGAUACUUCCAAGAGAUACCAUGUCAUUGGAGCAAUUUUAUACACUUUUACCUCAAUUAAUGCUUGCACGAUCAAAGCAAGUAAACAACAAGAAUUUGAGUUUCCUGAGGGAACAAAUACAAGAUUGCUUGCUCUCAGACAGCGAAGAUGAAACUUAGGUUCAGAUUGAUCGCUUUCAGACAGUGAAGAUGAGGCAUUCGAGGUUACUCGGUCAUUCCAAGGAAGGGGAGCAGAAUUGAUUACUGAGAUUCCCUGGCCUCCGUCAGAGUACCAUAAUGAUUUUUGCUGAUUCUUUAUGCUUAUUAUUUAUCAAUAUCUUAAUAUGUACCGAUUUAUAUGACCAUGCAUACUGUUAUGUCAGGUCUUUUAAAAUAUUGAUUGUUUUUGCCCCGAGCAGAAAGAAAAAAGGUAAUGAUUAUGUAGUUGCUUCUGGCUUCGAAAUGAGAAGCCUUCUCUGAAUGUA